AUGGGGCUGCAUGAUACCUUCCCCCCAAACCCCAUUCUCCAGUUUUGUUCAGUUGUGAAUGCCACGUCCUGUCCUGGUGACAGGAAAACAAUGUUGGUGAAUCGCAGCGGUGUCAGAGUGAUCCAUGUGCCCCUGGGAGCAGGCCCUGGUGAUAGCGCUCUAUCUGGGGCCACAGCGCCUGUCCCCUCGGCCUCCAGGUUAUUUCUGGCGGAUGGCUGCGCUGUGGUCGGUUUGGUGGGGGAUCUGGGGCCUGGCAGGGGCGGGGCAGCCUUAUCGCCUGGCUCUCCAGCCCAGGCUUCGCGGUCCAGAGCAAGCCGGGUCACCAUCCUCUCGCCAUGGGCUUCGGUGAGUCUGGGGUCAGGCAGGGCCCCGGCUGCGCUCCUUGAGCAGAGUCGGGCUGGGAGGCGCUACCGUAGGGAGAUUUGGGUGGGACUUCGAGAGGACCUCUAGCCAGCGCACGAGAUGAUGGGGGUGGAGAGGCUUGCGGGCAAGGCUCUCGGACCUCGGGGGCUGGAGCCUGGCCCGGCACCCGGGGUGCACAGGGACCCGCCCAAGAGCCCCACAGGCCUCCAGGCUCACUAUGGCGCUUCCCUUCCAGGGCCGCGCGGGGCGCUGAGCCUGCUGCUCCUGCUGCUAGCGCCGCCCAGCCGCCUGGCCUCGGGCUGCCCCGCGCCGUGUGACUGCGCGGGGACUCUUGUGGAUUGCGGGCGCCGCGGGCUGACGUGGGCCUCGCUGCCCGCCGCCUUCCCGCUGGACACGACCGAACUGGUGCUGACGGGCAACAAUCUGACGGCGCUGCCGCCGGGACUGCUGGACGCGCUGCCCGUGCUGCGUCUCGCGCACCUGGGGGCCAACCCCUGGCGCUGCGAUUGCCACCUGGUGCCGCUGCGCGCCUGGCUAGCCGGCCGACCCGAGCGCGCGCCCUACCGCGACCUGCGCUGCGCCGCGCCCCCCGCUCUGCGCGGCCGCCUGCUGCCUUACCUGGCGGAGGACGAGCUGCGCGCCGCCUGUGCGCUGGGCGCGCUCUGCCGGGAGGCGCUGGGGGCGCAGCUCCUGCUGCUCGGCCUCGGGCUGCUGCACGCGUUGCUGCUGCUGCUGCUGCUGUGCCGCCUGCGCCGGCUGCGCGCCCGCGCCCGCGCCACGCACCCGUUGUCGCUGACCGCCCCGCUGGUGGCGGAGCCCGCGGGAGCCCGCGAGUCCUGA